UAAAAAGUAAAGAUUACACAGGCAUGACAAAAAGAAUUUAUUGUCCUUUUUAUAAAUGAUGAAGUCUACACCGAUAGCAUUAUGUUAUGUUAUUGCUUUGAGUAUGCACCUAGUUGAAUCUAACGACAAAGUUGAUGAUAUCAUGAAAAUACGAGUACCAAGACGUCUUCCCGAGAAACCAAAUGUAUGCAAUUCUAGUUGUGAUUCACCUGGAGUUCCUGGUGUACCUGGUGUGCCUGGUGUACCUGGAGUUCCAGGUCAUAAUGGGGUGCCGGGAGCCAAAGGAUGUAGUGGAAGUGAUGGAAAGCCAGGAAAGCUAGGUCCAUCGGGGCCAAAACGGGACAAAGGAAUCCAAGGUGGGGUGGGAAGGACUGGUGCAAAGGGUAAAAAAGGUGAGGCUGGUAAAGUAGGUGCUCCAGGAAAUAAUAUUGAAUCCAACUGGAAGCAAUGUACAUGGGAAGAAACUAAUGAUCUUGAUAAUGGACUUAUAAAGAUAUGCAGUUUCAAGAAAAAACGUGACAAUACUUAUCUUCGUGUGUUCUACGCUGGCAACCUCCGUAUUUCCAACUGCAACGGGUGUUGCAAGCGGUGGUAUUUCAAAUUCAAUGGAAAAGAAUGUAAUCCUGCAAUUGAAGGAGUUUACUACAUGUGGAAAGGUAAAGGAACACAAGAUAUCCAUCGUCAUCGUCAGAUUGAGGGAUAUUGUGGCAACAUCGAUAACGGUACUGUUAAUGUUGGAUUCUAUGUUGGUAAUUGUCAGGGAUACUCCAAUGCAGACGCCUUCAGUGGAUGGAAUUCAGUCUCUCGAAUUGUGAUCCAAGAAGUUCAACCCCCUCAGAGUUGAAUCAUUCCAAAACUGACUACUGAACUUUUAUUGCUCAAAUUUUUGUAUUUUUAUGUUUUAUGGUAUUUAAAGCUUAACAUUCAGAAGCUGUUAUCUUAAGUGUUUUAGCUAAUGUUACAAACCUUCAGUCCUUUUACGCAUGCUCGAUUCCCUAUAUCUUUAAAAAGCAACAAAAAUGUUUUUCAGUGUAUCAAUAAUUUGUGCAAUUAUUUUUGUUGUUCAUUGCCAUUGUUGUUCAUUGACUACAUCAAACUUUCUUGAACACA